CGUUGUCGAAGUACCCUCAACAUAAGCCUUAUUGAGUUUACUGUGGGAUUUAGUCAAUUUGUGUAAUAAUGUCCUAUAAUAUUUAUUUAUUUGCAGACUGUGUGGUAGAGACUUUAUAGAAUGCGUCAGUCUGACGUCUCUACCAUAGGUCUCUACUGUCAGGUCAGUCAGACUGUCACCAUGUCAACAUUUUCAACACACAUUAAUUUCAAUCUGCAAGGUGUCUGCAAGUCUUGAAUCCCAGUGUAGAUAACUACAAGUAAAAUGACCCAGCCGCGACCCUGCGGAUGCAAAGGUUGCAGAACAUGCCUCAUUUGCGAAACCCAAUACGGGGCAGACAAGUACAAAAUUCAAUUAGAGUUCGACAAGACUAAAAGCUAUGUUUAUUGCCCAUUUUGCAACAAAGCAUGGCCAGGUUGGGACUCUGAUGUCUACAAACAACACCCCAAUCACGAUGGAACACCGAUCGAGUAUCCCGGCGUUUACAUUCAGUUGGACUUUAUAACAGAAGAAGAAGAAAAUGUCUUAAUGAAAAAUAUAGACGAGGUACCUUGGGACAUAUCACAGAGCGGCAGACGUAAGCAAAACUAUGGUCCUAAAACGAAUUUCAAAAAGAUGAAAAUCAAUGCUGGCAAUUUUGAUGGCUUCCCAGUAUUCUCAAAGUUUCUGCAAGAUAGAUUCGAAGCUGUACCUUUAUUGAAAGGUUAUGAUGUGAUUGAGCAGUGCUCUUUAGAGUAUGAUCCUAGUAAAGGAGCUUCUAUAGAUCCUCACAUUGAUGAUUGUUGGAUUUGGGGUGAAAGAAUCAUCACUGUGAAUUGUUUGUCUGAUUCUGUGUUAACAAUGACUAGAUAUCACGGAGAUACUAAGAAAUAUAAUCUGCAUUGUGCAGAAAAAUAUUGUCCGUUAGUUAAACCAGAUGGCAGUAUUAAUUUGGAAUGUCGUGAUCUUGAUAAAACCGCUUACGAAGCAAGUAAAUCACAAUAUGAUUUGGAUGUUGUUGUCAGAAUACCAAUGCCUAGAAGAUCACUCCUAGUCUUCUAUGGUGAGCCAAGAUACCACUGGGAACACUGUGUGCUGCGUGAAGACAUCUCUUCCCGCCGGGUAUGUAUAGCGUACAGGGAGUUCACACCGCCGUACAUGCAGAAUGGCUGCCAUGAAGAAGCUGGCAACUUAGUCAGACAGGCUAAGACAUUUUGGGAUCAUAAGUUAAAGUAUCAAAUCAAGGCUUAAGAUUGAAAAUUUGAAUCCAUCUAAGUUUACUCAGAUAGCAAGUUUUGGAGUGUUGAAGCUCCACCAUAAACAUAAAAUUAUGAAAAUAUGACAUUUAUACUUAGCUAAUAAUAUGGUUUGCCCAUAAUAGUGAUAUUCUAUUCCAGUGACUUAUGUAAGUUGUAAUAUAAAAGAAAUCAAUAUAAUUUAUUGAGAAAUUGAAACAACCUGUUAUUAUUGACGAGUCAGGAUUCGUAUCGAAGAUAAAAUGUUAGCCCUAACAAAUAUCUUAUCAAUAUAUAGGUAAACACAUAAAAACAAUUUAUUUCCCUUUAUUGAUGCUAGAACCAAUAAGUUAGAUAACAUUCUUGUAUUUACUAGUAAAACUUUAUUGGUGUUUUUAUUGUACUGUGCUCAUAUUAAAUAUAGCAAACUUAUUAAGAAAACCACAUUAUUACAUCUUGUGUGCAAUUAAAACAUUUCUAGCAUAAUUUUAGUCUUAUUCACAUACUUAUGACCAGGAUACAAUCUAAGUGACCUAAAUCUAUACACAAGAACUACAAUAUUAUAAAACUACUAUAGAACAUA